AUGCCAUCCCAAGAACAAGAAGCAUUAGAAGCAUUCAAGGAUGCGCAGGACAUGCACAUAUAUGCUGUGUGGGCUCUUCCGCCCACACAUGUGCUCCCGCGAAUCAAAAAUGUGAUAGAGGGCUUACGGGACGAAUUUGGUGGGCCGGAAAUUGAACCCCAUAUCACCGUCGUGGGAUCUAUGCUGAAGACAGAAGAAGAUGCGACCCGGCAAUUCAAAGAUGCUUGUGACAUUAUCACCCGUUUUGAAUGUACCGUCGAUCACAUUGAAACUAGUCGGUUUUACUACCAGUGUGUCUCCCUCAUUAUUGAUCCAAUUGAAGACUUAUGGGGUGAAAUUGGACGCUUUGUUAGGAUCUUCGAACACACUUUCCGUAAGUUGACUUGUUGUCCACAUUUGGACAUCCUCUAUGGGUAUCUAACAGAUGAAGAGAAAGAACGAGCUAAAGAGAAAGUCACUACUAUCGAUGAGGGCAUUGCUACCCUUAGCUUCUCGGUUACUCGCUUUGUAUUAUGCAAGAUGAUCAACGAUGAUAAAUCUCAAAACUCUUGGGAGAAGAUUAUGGCAAUUGACAUCCAACCAGAAUAA